GCCGCUGAAAGUCAUUCUCUGAGCUGCAUUACACAUGAGUGAAACUUUCUCAAACAAAAGUGUGUGAAAUAUAUAUCCUUUAACUCAAUCGAGAGCGCUGGUGGGAAUCAUUUCUGUUAGUACUCUCCUCUUUCUCAUAUGCUCUCGGUAUUCUCUUACAGUGUUGCUCGGUGUUACGCUUGGGAACAAUGGCAAGUAAAUGCGAAUCACAACUUAAUUAAGGUUAUCCAUUUCCAAUAACAGUUUUACACAGCAGCAGCGGCAGUUCUUCAACGAGGGGAAUAUUCAGAAAGGGAAAGAGAACGGAAAAGGAGAAAAGAAAUGGCAAAGGGAGCGCUUGAUGGUUAUGAAUAGGAGAUUUCUUAUUCUUAGGUUGUCUCACAUUCAAGGUUCCAAGGAUGGAUUGUUUGGGGCCUUUUGGCAAAGCUGCUGAAGGAGCGAUUGAUAUUGUAUGGAAACAUGGUGUUCGACAUGUGACUUACAUUAUCAAUUACAAGCAAAAUGUCCUUGAACUAAAUGAUAGUGCUAAGGAUCUUGGAUUUGAAAAAGAGAGGAUAAAUCAUCAACGUGAUGAGGCUGAGAAAAAUUUAAACAACAUUGAAGGUAAGGUUACGGAAUGGGUUCGAAAAGUGAGUGAAAUUGAGACCGUAAUCGAUGAGUUUGAGAAUGACGAUGGCCACAAAAGGGCCCGAUCGCCUAAUUGUUAUGUUUUUCCAUACUUGUGGAAUAGACACAAGUUAGGAAGAAAAGCAAAGAAGAUGGAAGUGGAUGUUAAAAAAUUAAUUGAUGAGUCCCCUGAGUUUGAUGAAGUUUCCUAUAGGCAAAAUAUAACAUCUAAUGAUGCCACACUAUAUAAUUAUGGCUUUGUUGAAUUUGGUUCUACAAAAUCUACAAUGGAAAAAGUAAUGAGACAACUUGAAGAUUCGAGUGUUAGAAUGAUUGGAUUGUAUGGGCCAGGGGGUGUGGGUAAGAGCACUUUAGUCAAAGAAAUUGCAAGGAAAGCUAAAGACGAGAAGUUGUUUGACGUGGUGGUUAAGGUUGAAAUAACAGUCAAUCCGAAUGUACAGAAAAUCCAAGAAGAAAUUGCCUACGUGUUAGGAUUAAGACUUGAAGGGGAAGGUGAAAAUGUGAGAGCUGAUUGUCUACGAAGGAGGUUAAAGAUAAAAAAAGGGAGCACCCUUUUAAUCUUGGAUGACCUUUGGGACAAAUUAGACCUAAGCAAGUUAGGGGUUCCACUUGAUGAUGAUGAUGACGAUGAUUUAAGUAAUGAUAAAGUGUUGGAAAAAGACGAUAAUAACAAGGAUCCCAAUCGUAAAGUGUUAAAAAAAGAAAAAAUCCUUGGUGGGGUCAAGGGGUGCAAAAUUUUACUAACUUCACGUGACAAAAAAGUAUUGUGUGAUGAAAUGGAUGUAAAGUCGACUUUUUGUGUAAAAGAAUUAGAUGACAAGGAUGCUUUGAUGUUGUUCCAAAAGUUGGUUGGAAUACAUAAUGAAAUAUCUGAUUCUAAACAAGAAAUUGUGAAGAAGUAUUGUGCAGGAUUACCCAUGGCAAUAGUUACAGUUGCAAGGGCACUCAAAAGUAAGAGCGAGUCAGUAUGGGAAGCUACACUAGAAAAACUUAAAAAGCAAGAAUUGGUGGGAGUGCAGAUAUCUAUGGAUAUUUCAGUGAAGAUGAGUUAUGACCAUCUAGAAAAUGAAGAAAUCAAGUCAAUUUUCUUACUUUGUGCUCAAAUGGGUCAUCAGCCACUAGUUAUGGACUUAGUGAGGUAUUGUUUUGGUUUGGGUUUACUUGAAGGUGUCUCUUCACUCUGGGAAGCUCGGGAUAGAAUUAAAACAUCAAUUCAAAAGCUAAAAGACUCAGGCUUGUUGUUGGAUGGAAGUUCUAAUAAUCAUUUCAAUAUGCAUGACAUGGUUCGAGAUGCUGCUUUGUCCAUAGCCAGCAAGGAUAGAAAUGUUUUUACUCUACGAAAUGCCAAACUAGACGAUUGGCCUGAAUUUGAGAGUUGCACUUCAAUUUCUAUAUGUAAUUGUGAUAUCAUUGAUGGGCUUCCUGAAGUCAUAAACUCUCCUCAACUUAAAUUUUUCCAAAUAGAAACUAAAGAUACAUCCUUAAUAAUACCUGAGAAUUUCUUUGAAGGAAUGAAAGAUCUCAAAGUUCUAAUAUUGACAGGUUUUCGUCUAUCAAGACUACCAUCUUCAAUUAAAUGCCUAUUAAAGCUUAGAAUGCUUUGUUUGGAGCGAUGCUAUGUAGAUGACAACUUAUCUAUUGGAGAGCUGAAAAAAUUAAGAAUUCUCAGCUUCUCUGGAUCUCAACUUCAAAAUUUUCCAAUUGAGUUAGGGUGCUUGGAUAAGUUACAACUGCUAGACAUCAGUGAUUGUUCCAUAGAGACUAAUAUUCCACUUAAUCUUCUAUCAAGUUUGAAACAUUUAGAAGAGCUGUAUAUAAGAAAGAGCUUGAUCAAAAUGUUGGCAGAAGGAGAGACAAGCCAAUAUCAAAAAUUAUUUUUUUCUGAGCUAAAGAAUUUGUGUGAGUUGAAAGUGGUGGACUUAAGCAUCCCAUGUGCUACAGUUUUGCCCAAUCACUUGUUCUUUGACAAGUUAAAAGAUUACAAAAUUGUGAUUGGAGACUUGGAAAUGUUUGGAGACUUUAUCAUGCCUGAUAAGUAUGAAACAUUCAGAGUUUUGGCAUUGCAAUUGCAUGAUAACACUAACAUUCACUCCCAGGAAGACAUAAAAUCAUUGUUUAAAACAGUACAAAGUUUGUUGUUGGGAAAAGUCAAUGGUGUUCAAAAUGUUGUUAGUGAUUUGAAUAUAGAUGGAUUUCCAGAUCUAAAGCACUUAUCCAUCAUAAAUAACAAUCACAUCAAAUGUGUUAGUUCAUCAAAAUUCUUUAAUAGUGCGGAUGUUUUUCCAAAUUUGGAAUCUCUAUGCCUCUACGGUCUGGGGAACUUAGAGAUGAUAUCUUAUGGUCCUAUUACAGUUGCGUCAUUCGCUAAAUUGAAAGCCAUUAACGUCAAGAUGUGUUAUCAAUUGAAGAAUCUCUACUCCGUAUACAAUUUUAAAUUUUCUACUAGUGGGAAAAUAUGUGAGAUUUCUGAAUGUAAUUUCAUGGAUCAAUUUCGUGCUAGUGUAGAAAUAAUUGAGGUUUGUGAAUGUGGAUCUUUAAAGGAGAUUCUUCAAAUACCAAUGGAUUAUGGUAAGGUUGAGUUUCUUAAGUUGCACACUUUGACACUCCAAUCGUUACCAUCAUUUACAUCUUUUUAUACCGAAGUGAAGACGUCUUGCUCACCACAUCCGGCAGAGCCUCAAACUACAAGUUAUGGUAAUAGAGAAAUUACCAGUGAAGAUGAACAAAGUGUCAAGACACCUACUGUUUUUGGUGAACUGGUUGAAAUUCCAAACUUAGAGAGCUUGAAUUUAUCUGCACUCAACAUUCAUAAGAUAUGGAGUGACCAACCCUCGUCAAGCUUUUGCUUUCAAAACUUGAUAAAAUUAGUUGUGAAAGAAUGUGAUAAAUUGACAUAUCUAUGUUCAUUAUCUGUGGCUCACAGUUUGAAGAAGCUAAAGAGCCUCGUCAUAAUUGAGUGUGCAAUUAUGGAGAAGAUUAUUGAGACGAAAGGAAACAUUCUAGAAAAGGUUUGUGUUUUCCCAAAGUUAGAGGAAAUUCACCUUACCAAAAUGAAUGCAUUAACAGAUGUGUGGCAAACCAACGCGAGUGUGGAUUCUUUUUCUAGUCUCAUUUCUGUGACCAUUGAAGAAUGCAAUAAACUUGACAAGAUUUUUCCAAGUCACAUGGAAGGAUGGUUUGAAAGUUUGGAGAACUUGAGAGUUUCUAGAUGUGAGUCGGUGGAAGUGACUUUUGAAAUCAAUGAUUCUCAAGAAAUAGAUGCAUCUGGAGGGAUAGACACAAGUUUGCAAGUAAUUCUUCUUAACGACCUACCAAAGUUGAAACAAUUGUGGAGUAUAGAUCCAGAUGGAAUUCUUAACUUCAAAAAGUUGCGGACCAUAGAAGUAUAUAGUUGUGGUGAACUUAGGAAUUUGUUUCCAGCUUCUAUUGCCAACGAUGUUCCUAAGCUUGAACGCAUGUCAGCAUUGUAUUGUGAGAAUAUGGUAGAAAUUAUUGCAAGUGAAGAUGCAUCAGAAGAUGACAAAGAUCCAUUAGUGUUUCCUGAACUAACAUAUAUGAGAUUAUAUUGGCUACGAAACAUCAAACAUUUCUACAAGGGGAGACGUCCUAUAAAGUGUCCAAAGUUGAAGGAGUUUAGCAUAGACAACUAUGUGAACAAAUUUAUCAAAGAAACCAGUAAAACAAAUGAAGAGGAAAAUUUUGUUUUUUCAGCUCAAGAGGUAUUCUCCAACUUGGAGUGUAUGGAAAUUGACUUCUACCAAGCACAAAAAUUGUUACCCAAGUUCCAAAUGCACCGUCUAAAAGAACUUAGUUUGAUUUCAGUAAAAAGUGUAAAUCUUCUCCACCAAUUUCCGUAUGCAAUGCCGAAUCUACAAAAGCUAAAAUUGUUUUCCUCUUAUGGUGAAGAUUUAGUGGCAAGUGCAAACUCUGUGCCACAAAAUGGAUUGGGAAUCGUAUUAGAGCUGAAGGAAUUGGUUAUGCAAUUUUUAGGGAUAAAAGAUCUAGGAUUAGGACAACUUCCGGUGCUACGAAAGCUAGAGUUUUUAAGCUUAGAACAUUGCGACGAAUUGAAGAAUUUAGGUCCUUCCUCUGUAUCAUUGACUUACUUGACACAUUUGGAACUGAAGUCCUGUCAAGGAUUAAGAAAUUUAAUGGCAUCCUCCACAGCUAAAAGCAUGGUUCAACUCAAGACCAUGAAGGUAAUCGAUUGUGAUGGCGUGGACCAAAUAGUUAGUAAUGAAGGAAGCGAAGAAGUCAAUGAGAUGAAAAUUGUAUUCCCCAAAUUGAUUUCUAUAGGACUUGUGGGGCUAAAGAACAUGACAAGUUUUUGUCGUUCCAAGGAGUUUGAAUUUGAAUUCCCAUCACUCGAAAUAUUGAUUGUAAGAGAAUGUCCAAAGAUGGAGAGAUUCAGUGAAAGAAAAUCAAUAACACCAAAGUUAAAGAAUGUGUUUGGUGUGGAAGGAGAUGAAAAAACCAAAUGGCAAUGGGAAGGUGACUUGAACGCCACCAUACAGAAGGUUUUCAAUGAUAAGGUCACUUACGCAUACACUGAGCAACUAGCUCUGGGUCGUUUCAGUUAUACUGAAUUUAUACAGCAAAUAUGGCAUGACAGUCAUUCGGUGCACCAAAGUAGCUUUCGCUCUUUGAAAAGGUUGUCGGCAUACAAAGUGAAUCUACUACGUGUUAUUCCAUCUCAUUUACUUUCUUGCUUUGAGAAUUUGGAAGAGUUAGAUAUACGGAGUUGCAGUGCAACACAGUUCAUAUUUAAUAUCAAUGAGAACAGGGUGAGAAAACCUUCGGGAAUAUUCCGUUUGAAAAGUUUGUAUUUAUUUAAUCUACCAAAACUGGAGCAUGUAUGGGACAAGGAUCCGAAGGGAAUUAUUGGCCUUAAAGUGCUAAAGGAAGUUCGUGUUUCAAGAUGUGAGUGUCUUAAAAGUUUAUUUCCAGCAUCGGUGGCCAAAGAUCUUACCAGACUUGAGGUGCUUGAGGUAACAGAGUGUGAGGAAUUGGCAGAAAUAUUUUGGAAGGAUGAAAAGGGUGAAGAAGGAGAAGGAACAACACCACAGUUUGUGUUUGCUCGUCUCACCUCAUUGACGCUAAAACAACUGCCAGGCUUCAAAUACUCUAUCCGCUGCUCCAAAGAAGAGGAGAUUAUAUCAAAUUUGAGUGAAAGAGAUAUAGAAGAGUUAUGUCUUGGCUCACGACCCAUCCCAAACUCCUGCUUCGGUCUCUUAGAAUCUCUGACGGUGGAUGGUUGUCAGUUUUUAUCAAAUGUACUUCUACCAUUCAAUUUACUCAUUUCCCUAACUAAUUUGGAAACAUUAGAAGUUCGAAACAGUGAUUUUGUCAAAACCAUUUUCGAUGUUAAAUGUACAACACAAAACAGAGAUGUGACUUCUGUGGGACAAACCCUUCCUUUUUCCCUGAAGAAACUGACUUUAUCCAUGCUACCGAAUCUGGAGAAUGUUUGGAAUGAAGAUCCUCAUAGAAUUUUAAGUAUGCACCAUCUAAAACAAGUGUUGGUUGAUAAUUGUAAAUGUCUUACAAGCCUGUUUCCGGCAUCGGUAGCCAAAGAUUUUGUGGAACUUGAACAUCUAGAAGUGAAAGACUGUGAGGGAUUGAUGACUAUUGUUGCAGAGGAUAAUACAGAUCCAAGCGGAACAAAGCAAGAGCUCCCCUGUCCCCCUGUAUGGUCAUUGCUACUGAGGGGUUUGCCCAAGUUCAAAUAUUUUUACUACAGCUCGCUGCAGUGCGAUAAUUUUGCCACUGAGAAUGAAGUCUACGUAGAAAAGUGCUUAUCACUGGGAGAAAAAGGUCUGGAGAUGAUUUUAAGUGGAGAAUUUCAGAGAGAUCUUUUAUACAACUUAAAAGUUCUUGCUCUCUGGUUUGAGAGGGAUGUAUUUCCACAUGAAAUUCUAGAACAGGUGCCCAAUAUAGAGAAGCUUUUGCUGUGUGGUGGUUCCUUCAGGGAGAUGUUUUGUUGUGAAAGUUCUAAUAAUGUGGAUUAUAAUGGACUUCUAUUACAACUGAAAGUAUUACACUUGGAGUCCCUCGGAAAUCUCAUUUCCAUUGCAGCAUGCAAACUCACUUUUUCCAAUUUGACAUAUUUAAACGUAAAAGGUUGUAAUAACCUACGAUAUUUGUUUACAUCCUCAGCGGCCAAAAAUUUAGGUCAACUCAAAAGAAUGGAAAUAAAAUGGUGUGAAUCAAUUGAAGAGAUAGUGUCUAAGGAGGUGGAGGACUCGUCAAAUGAGGAUGAGAUAAUAUUUCCACAGCUCAAUUGUUUGAAUUUUGAAUAUUUAGAAAAUCUGAGAAUAUUCUACCAAGGCAACUUAAGUUUCCCAUCCUUAGAAGAAUUUUCAGUAACAGAUUGCCACCAGCUGAUAACUUUAAGUACAGGUACGCUAGAAGUACACAAGUUGUCUCAUGUUACAAUUGAUUCCAAAGAGAUUAUUUUUCCAUUAAAAAGUGAUCUCAACACUAUUAUGCGGAAGACAUUUCUCGCUGAGAUUUCAGAGCUUGAGCAACUUGAUCUGGAAAGCAGUCCAAAACUACAAAAGAUAUGGCAUGACUUGGUGUAUAUCCCCGACUUGUGUUUCAGUGAGUUGACCACAUUGAUUGUGUACAAUUGCCAGUUUUUAUCUGAUGUAGUGCUACCCUUCCAUCUACUUCCUUCACUACCCAAAUUGGAAACAUUGCGAGUUCAAAACUGUCAUUACGUUAAAGCCAUAUUUGAUGUAAAAUGUGCACAAGAAAUAGUGACUUUUCCUCUGAAGAAAAUGGUUUUAUGGGAACUGCAAAAUCUGAAGAAUGUUUGGAAUGAAGAUCCUCAUGAAAUUCUAACCAUGCAUCAAUUACAAAAUGUAUAUAUUAAGAAAUGUAAGGGCCUUACAAGUGUGUUUCCGGCCUCAGUAGCCAAAGGUAUUGUGAAACUUAAAAAGCUAACUGUGAAACGUUGUAAGGAAUUGAUGACAAUUGUUGCAGAUAUGAAAGGAACAAAUGUGGAGGUUAAGUUUCCCUGUCCUUCUGUUAGAUCAUUGAAAUUACGACGUUUGCCCAGGUUCAAGUAUUUCUACUACUGCUCACUCAAAUCUGACGUUUAUACGCAUCUAGGAUCACACAAUGAGGAUCGAGUCGCAACUGAAAAGUGCCUGUCACUGGGGGAAAAGGGAAUGGAGAUGAUUUUAUACGGAGAGUUUCAGAAAAGCCUCCUUUACAACUUAAAAGUCCUUACCCUCUAUUUUCAGUCGGAUGUAUUUCGAUAUGAAAUUAUAGAACAGGUUCCCAAUAUAAAGAAGCUUGUGGUGCGUGAUGGUUCCUUCAAGGAGAUGUUCUGCUCUCAAAAUCCUAAUUAUAAUGUGGAAUAUAGUGGAGUUCUAUCACAACUGAAAGAAUUACGAUUGGAUUCCCUUAAAGAGUUGGUUUCCAUUGGGUUAGAUAACUCUUGGACUCAUCCCUUUGUCAGAACUCUAGAAACCUUUGAAGUCAUUAAAUGUUCAAGUUUAGAAACCUUGGUAGCUUGCAAAGUAGCUUUCUCCAAUCUUACAUAUUUGAACGUGGAAAGUUGCAAUAGCUUAUCAUAUUUGUUCACAUCCUUAACAGCCAAAAGUUUGCUUCAACUCAAAAGAAUGGUGAUAAAACAGUGUGAAUCAAUUGAAGAGAUAGUACUGUUUAUGGAGGCGGAUGAAGCAGACGAGGAUAAGAUAAUAUUUCCGCAUCUUAAUUGUUUGAAUAUUGAAUAUUUAACAAAUCUGAGAAGGUUCUAUAGAGGGAGCUUAAGUUUCCCGUCCUUACAGGAACUGUCAGUAACAGAAUGUGACAAGAUGAUAACCCUAUGCACAGGAACGCUAGAAGCAGAUAAGUUAUCACAGGUUACAGUUGAUAUCUCAGAGACUAUUCCAUUGCAAACUGAUCUCCACCUUACCAUGCGAAAGAAAUUUCUGAGAAAGAAUGGAUGGCAACAGAGCCUUGAGUUCAGAGAUAGGGCAGACCUACACGAAAUAUGGCGUGUCUCACUGCAGAUCCCAUACUUCUGCUUCAGAGGCUUGAGCAUCUUGGUUGUGGAUGGAUGCCAAUUUUUAUCAGAUGUCCUACCCUUCAGUUUGCUUCCUUUAUUACCUGGAUUGAAAACAUUGGAAGUUCAAUACUGUUAUUCUGUCAAAACCAUAUUUGAUGUCAAAUGCACGACACAAGCCGCAUUAAUUACUUUUCCUCCUCUAAGGAAAUUGGUUUUAUGGAAGCUGCCAAAUCUGGAAACUGUUUGGAAUGAAGAUCCUGCUGAAAUUGUUAAUCCAGCUCAUCCAAAACAUACAAAUCUUAAGCUUACGUUCCCCAGUGUGACCUCACUCACACUAUGGGAUUUGCCGAAGUUGAAGCGUAAUAGUAUAUAUUGCAUUCAUGAUUCAACACCAACAUUUGAGCUAAUUACACCCAACUUACAGCGUCUAUCAGUGGGUGAAGAUGAAUUGAAGAUGAUUGUGGAUGGAGAAUUUCAGGAAAAUCACUUUAACAAGUUAAAAAUUCUUACUCUGUGCUUUCUUACUGAGUCCGGUGUAUUUCUUGAAUUUCUACAAUUGGUACCAAAUGUAGAGAACCUUAUAGUGUACGGUGGAUCCUUGAAGGAGAUUUUCUGCUCUCAAAGUUCUAAUAAUGUUGAUUACAGUGGACUUCCCUUACAGUUGAAAGGAUUACUGUUUGAAUCACUUGGAGAAUUGAUUUCCAUUGGGUUCGAGAACUCUUGGACUGAACCCUUUGUAAGAAAUCUAGAAACCUUUGAAGUCAUUAGCUGUUCAAGUUUAAAAAACUUGGUUGCAAGCAAAGUGUUUCUCUCCAAUCUGACAUAUUUAAAAAUUGAAAGUUGUGAUAACUUGUCAUAUUUAUUCACAUCCUCAACAGCUAAAAGUUUGCGUGAACUCAAAGAGAUGGUGAUAAAAAGGUGUAAAUCAAUUGAAGAGAUAGUAUCCAAGGAGGGAGAAGAAUGGUGUGAGGAUAAAGAAAUAAUAUUUGAGAAGUUGCAGGUUUUGUAUCUUAAAAGCUUAGAUGAACUGAGGUGCUUUUACCCUGGCAAUUUUACUUUAAGUUUUCCAUCCUUGGAGAGAAUCCACGUCAUCAACUGCAGCUCCAUGAAAACUUUCAGUGCAUUCAACGAAAUAGAUCAUUUCACACAGUGGUAUAAUGCAGAAUAUGCGAUACCCUUCGAGGAAACUGAUCUUAAUUCUGCUGUGCAUAGAACUCAUGAAGAAGAGGUGAUACCACCAGAAGAAGGUGAUCUUAAUACUGUUGUGCACAGAACUCUUGAAGAAGAGGGUCUUGAUCAUUGGAGUUUCUCAAGUCUAAGUUCAUAUAGUGAUGGAUAUAAAGAUGGUGAUUCAGUUUAUGACAGCAUACCAUGAUUAUCAGUCUGAUUACUGUUGAAUAUGAGUUGCCGAUUCCAAUAUUUGCAGUAAUAAAGAGGAGAUUGAAGGCAUGAAGAUAUGAAGAUGAAUAUGCCUCUGUUUUCCUACGCAUGUCUGUAUGUUCAACAAAUAAAAAGUGUGUCACAUUCUAAAACGUCUGUAUGUUCCACUUAAUUAAUGAUGAUGAAAUACAUUCUUCUAUUGCAUAUACUAUUUGGGAUCGUAAGUGUUAUACGGCUAUGACCGUCUAAAACGAUGAAUUGAUGAAGUGUGUCACUAAAUAUUGACAUUGACGGUUUAAAUAUGUAUGUAUGUUGUAUUUUAUA